UUGCACGUCUUCUGCNCGUACACCGUUAAAGGUAUGGAUCUGUCGCUUUCUGGCGUUCUCUCGUACAUCUCAACUCGUGGAUUAAGUAUGAUCGAAUCGGGUGAAUGCACUGCAACUGAUCUGUGUUUUUCUUUACAAGAGACAGUAUUCGCAAUGUUGGUUGAGAUAACGGAGCGUGCGAUGGCACAUUGCGGUAGUAAUGAGGUGUUAGUGGUUGGCGGUGUGGGCUGUAAUAAGCGACUGCAGCAAAUGAUGCAAAUCAUGGCAAAUGAAAGAGGUGCGAAAUUAUUUGCAACGGAUGAGCGAUUUUGUAUUGAUAACGGUGCGAUGAUAGCACAAGCUGGUUGGCAUAUGGCUCGUGCGAAUGUGCAUGCACGAUUGGAACAGUCCACUAUCACACAGCGAUAUCGCACUGAUCAAGUGCAUAUCGCUUGGAGGGAUUAA